UAGAAUACGAUUAUCUGAGAUAACCGUAGUCUUAAUGUUCAUGUAAUUGGGUAUUGUUUAAGUUUAAUAUUUAAAAUAAUAACGAAUAUAAUUUUUGAAGAUAACAAAGAGUGAAAUGUUGAGGUGCUAAAUUGUUUUAGCUGAUUCAACAUAAAUUAUUUUGCAUAGUAAAUGCCUAAAUUUAAAUGCACCGAUAAAAAAAAAAUAUAAAAUUUUUAAAUUAUAAAACUAUGUGUUAUUCCUUAGAACCAUAUGUUGUAUAUCUUGGAGAACCAAUAUAAGUUAUCGAAAUCAAUUUUAUUUAUAGUAUGAAGAUAAAGUAACCAUUAAUUAUUCUUUACAAUACUAUAAACAAAUCUAAAAAUGUUGCGCAAGUUUGCUCGUGGAGAAGUCGAACAAAGAAUAUUACCUGGUUCAGAUACCACUAGCACCAUUUCCAGAACAUAUGAUGAGUACAAUCCAUCUGAAUCUAAUUAUGAAUUAUUUAAUCAAGAAGCUCAAAAUUAUAUAAAUGUAGACAAUGAAGAAAAUAUUGACUAUCUAAAUGAUGAGGAAACCCGUAAAUUAGUAAUAGAAUCAAACAUGAGUUGCGUUGAAAGUAUUUCGCAUAUUGGUGGAAGGUUGGAAGAAGAUUUAAGAGAUUUAGAAUCUGAUGAAAUUCAUCUGUUUGAAAAUUAUAACUAUAAAGACCCUUCAGAUAUUUCAAAUAACUUGGAGAUUGCUAAGUAUAGAGAAAAGAUAGUUCAGACAAUAAAUUCCAACAGCACAUUAUUGAUAACUGGUGUAACAGGGUGUGGUAAAAGUACCCAAGUUCCUCAAUUUAUAUUGGAUGACUGUAUAACAAGAAAAAAACAUUGCAAUAUAAUUGUAACUCAGCCUAGACGUAUAGCUGCAAUUUCUGUUGCCAAACAAGUGAAUAAAGAACGUGGAUGGAGAAAUGGACUCUUAGUUGGUUAUCAAGUGGGACGUAAAAGAGAUUAUGAUCCAAAUACUACAAAAAUAUUAUAUUGUACUACUGGGAUUUUGUUGCAAAAAAUAAUUAAAGCUAAGAAUUUAUCAGAAUUUACACAUAUUAUUUUGGAUGAAGUCCAUGAAAGAACUUUGGAAAUGGAUUUUUUAUUAUUGGUGAUAAAAAAACUUAUGAGGACAAAUUCCAAAUCCGUUAGGAUAGUUUUAAUGUCUGCUACUGCGGGUGCAUUAUUAUGUGAUUAUUUUGGUGAAUAUUAUGGACUGCCUCAUAAUAAAUUUGUUCCUGCCUCGUCACUUAAUGUUUCAAACAAGUUUAAUCAUAAAAUUUAUAAAUAUUACUUAAAUGAACUUUGGCAAUCAAUUCCGUCAGCUCGUAAUAUGGAUUUAAGUAAGCCUCAAAUAGAUGAAGCUGGUUAUGAAACAGCUAUACAUUUAAUUAAAGAAUUUGAUAGAUUAGAAGUGCAAGGUAUUCACAAAAGGUCAUCAGUUCUUGUAUUUUUACCUGGAAUUUAUGAAAUAGAGGAAAUGCAUAGACUUAUGGAACUUAUAAUAGAAUCUGAGAAACAUAAGUGGGCUUUAAUACCUUUACAUUCUUCAAUUACAAGUGAAGAACAAAAUCGUGUAUUUGAUCAACCUCCCAUAGGCCAUCGAAAAAUAAUAUUGUCCACUAAUAUUGCUGAAAGUUCAAUAACUGUACCUGAUAUAGCCUAUGUUAUUGACUUUUGCCUUAUGAAACAAUUAAAAAAUGAACCAAGAUCAAAUUACUCAAUGUUAAUUAUGACUUGGGCAUCUAAAAGUAAUUGUGAUCAAAGAGCAGGACGAGUAGGUCGUGUUGCAGAUGGUAGGGUUUAUAGACUUGUACCUCAAUCGAUGUAUGAUAGUGAUUUCAAAGCUGAAGAAACUCCAGAAAUGCUGCGCUGCUCCUUAAGUCGUAUUGUGUUAAUGUCUAAAGUUUUAGACAUGGGAUCACCUCUUAUGCUUCUAAAAACAGCAAUGAGUUUACCUGAUAUCAAGAAUAUACGUUUAACUAUCCUCACUCUCAAACAAGUUGGUGCACUUCUACCCACAGUAAAUGGUAUAAUAUCUGCUUAUGAUGGUGAUAUUACAUUUAUGGGAAAAGUAAUGUCAGUGUUACCUCUUGAGCCUCCAAUGUCAAAAUUAAUUUAUUUUGGUUAUAUCUUCAAUAUCAUGAAUGAAGCUAUUAUAAUGGCAUGUGGAUUAUCAGUCAAAAGUAUAUUUAGCCAGCCCUUUAAAAAACAAUUGGACGGAUAUACUCAAAAAUUAACUUGGGCUAAUAAUUCUUGUAGUGAUCCAAUUGCUUACAUUAUGCCCUUUAAGGUUUGGCUUCAUGAAAAACCUAACUUUGAUCGUAAUAAAUCUCUUGAAAAAGAUUGGGCUUUUAGAAAUUAUAUUCAAUUAUCUGCCAUUCGAGAAUUAUAUGAUCUUACUGAAGAUGUCAAUGACAGGUUAAAAAGAUCAUUCAAUAUUUUACGAGGAUCAGGAAAUAUGAAAUGGGAACGUCCUGAACAAAAAGCUUUAGCCUCAAAGGUGAUAUUAGCUGGAGCAUUUUAUCCGAAUUAUUUCAUACGUGGAACAAGUAAUGCUUAUACUGACCAGCAUGAAAUAAGUAAGCUUAUGGAUAAUCAUGAUCCUAAUAAUACUGUUUACUUAACCGGAUUUCCUCAUGAUCAACCCAAAGAAUUGUAUAAAGAAGUCAUUGAAAAUCUGUUUCCUGAGAAACUUGUUGGACAAACAAAAGCUCAUUUUUCCACUUCAAAUAAAGUGUAUGUAGAAUUUCAAAGAACUUCUCAUUUUUCACAAGCUAACAAACCACAAGAAGUUAAACUUCACUUAGUUCCAGGGAAUGUGUCUUUUGGUGUUUAUGUGGCUUUAAAAAUGUAUAAAUUGAAAGCUGAAUUUAAAAUACCUCUUUUAAAGCCUUCAGAUGCUGAAAAAAAAGUGAAUGAAGUGAGAAAAAAGUUAGCAGAACAAAAUAUUUCAAGGAUAAACUCAUUACCAGUUAAUAAAAGCAUCAUUAAUGAGAUUAAAGAUAAUAUGAAAUAUAUAUCUGUACUUAUAUCACAUGUAGAGACUGUUGGGCGGUUUUGGGUUCAGCUAGCUGAUGUAACUAUAACACAAAAAUUACAGUAUAUAUGGGGACUUUUAAAUGACCAAAACAAUGAAGAUAAUUUUGUAAAAGCAAGUCCAAAUGAUUUAAAUAUUGGAUAUACUUAUGUUGUAGAAUAUAAUAGUGAUUUGUACAGAGCAGAAUUGAUAAGUUUUUUACAUGGCCCACAGGAACAAUAUAGGUUUUUUUUAAUUGAUUUUGGAGUAUCUGCAGAUUUUAAGAUUGAUGUUGUUUUAAAUUAUAAAGAUAAAACAUUUAAAACUAAAGUUCUUAGUGUCCCUAAAUUAGCUAUUGAAUGUACAUUUGCUAAUAUUGGUCCUGCUAUUAAUGGUUCUAGUGUAAAUAGAUGGCCAGAAGAUGCUAAUAUGUUAUUAAGUAACUAUGUCCAACAAUAUGGUUCUAAGACCUUAGAUGGAACUAUUUAUUCAAUAAUAAAUAAUAUCCUGUCAUUGGAAGAUUUAAAAACACCAAAUUCUUUUGUUCAAGAAUUAAUAGAAAAAAAAAUUGCAUGCCAUAUUGAAGAACCUUAUAAAUCAAAGGCUAACCACGAAAUGAGAUGCCAUGCAUUUCGGAAUUAUAAUCCAUCAAAACAUACAACUAAUAAAAAUAAAAUAUCAAAAUUUCAAUUAAGAUCUCCAUCUGAACAUGAAGCCUAUACUAUACAUACAUUAAAAGGACCAUUCAAUCCAUUAGAAAUGACUGUUCAUGGUAUCAAUAGACAUUCUAUUUCUAAAAUUGUCUCGAUAGAAAGUCAGUCUGUUAAUUCAGUAUUGUUAGAUACAAAUCCAGAUAGUUAUCAUGAAAGAUUAUUUGUAGCUGGAAAUGUUUCUGCAAAUGAAAAUGAGAGAUUAACAUUGUGGGAUACAACUAUGAUGCCAAACAUUGCUGGAAUGCCUGCUAUUAUUUGUCUUAUGUUCUCCCCUUGUGUUGAAAUAAGAUGCAACUCUUCAUACACAAAAAUGAUAGGAGCUAUUUGUGGUUUAGGAUAUGAUCCUGAAACUUCUAGGCCACUUUUUGGAGAAAAUGACAUUGAAAUUACUUUUGAUACUGUAAUAGAUAGAUCAAUACUAGAAAAAAUAAAUACAGUAAGAAUGCUCUUAAACAAAUGUGUAAAUCCAGAAGAUGAAGAAGGUCCUGGAGAAAUUUUUGAAUUGCAACGUAAAUUAAUAAGUGAAAUUAUGAGUAUUUUUGCAGAUCCUUUGAAGACUAAAGCACCAGAAUCGGUACUUAGAAAAUAUAUGUGGGGAGCACUACCUAAACCAAGAAUGCUUAUGCCAUAUUGUGAGGAUAGCCCUGUGAAUCACCCAAUGGCUGGUUCUGAUGUUUACAAAUUACUUUGGGGUGUAAAAUUGUCAUCUAAGCUCACUAUUGCAGAAUGUAAAGCUUUGAUGUAUAAAUUGUGUAAAGUUAAAAGAUUAAAAGAUAACAUUGAUUUCAAUUCUCAUACAACCGAAGUGAGUACAGAAGAACUCCAUUGUCCAUUAUGUACUUUUAUGUUUUCGAGUAACAAAUCCAUGCAAAUCCACUUUCAAAAUCCUCAACAUAUUGAAAAUUAUAAGAAUGCCAAAGAAGAGUUACAAAUGUCUUAUACUGGACCAUUUACUGAUAUAAAACAUUUAUAAUUCAAUAGUACCAUAAAAGUAAUUGAUUCAAAUUUUUUAUUUUAAUUUUUUUUAUAUACUUUUUUUUAAUAUUGACUAUGAAUUUUGUUCAUAAUAGAAAGUUAUUAUUUAUUUUGUUAUCAUUAAUAUAAGGUUACCAAUUAAAUUUUCAUUUUUAUGCAUUAUCUAUAUUUUUAUGGUGAUCAAAAAUAUAUGACGCUAUUAAGUUAAA